GCAAUUUAGAUGAUGACACCAAAUAACACCACCAAGACGAAGUAGCCAUGGGUGGAGGAGAUGGUAAGGUUGCGACAAUACACGAGCUUGAUCUCUUCAAUUGUCCCAUUUGUAGCGAGGCACUAACAUCCCCGAUGCCUAUCUUUCAGUGUGAGAAUGGACAUAUAGCUUGUUCGUCUUGCUGUACUAAAGUGAAGAACAAAUGCCCUGCUUGCACUUUGCCGAUUAACUAUCGAUCUAAGAUAGUGGAGAGACUUGUAAAAGCAAUCAUUAUGCCAUGCCCAAACGCCAAACUUGGUUGUACUGAGACGUUCUCUUAUGGGAAAGAAUUAGUCCAUGAGAAGACAUGCAGGUUCGCUCCGAAAUGAAAGAUGAAUCUCUCAAUAAGAUGAAGACUAAGAGGAGUGUGAUUAUCUUAUCAUAUCAUAUCAGUUGUUUUGUUAUUUAUAUCAAUAAGAUGAAGACUAAAAGGAAUCUCAAUAAGAUGAAGACUAAGAGGAAUCUGAUCUUUUUUAUUUGCUACUUUUAUCCACUAUGCACUCUAAACUUACUCUACUCUUAUGUUUGCAUAAAUAAUGGUUUUUUCUUAAAAUUUUACUUGGUAGAUUACGGGUUAA